AUGGCACGAUGUGAAACUUGCGCCGCCUUAACCGUAGAGGAACUAAGAAGCCAUAUGACCUUUUUCCACCCUAACUUACGAUCACUCCGGGACUCUGCAAUAGCGGGUUGCGAUCUGUGCCUGCUAUGUUGGAUUUCCAUCCAGCGGAAACACACAACCGACGAAAUCAAUUCCGUACUAGACGGUAGAUUCCCUGCCAACUAUGAGCACGCGGGGCAGCCACUGGGUGACGAGAGGGUCUGGUUGACGGGGAUGUUCUCGGAUAUGUUCCGCAACCCGAAACAGAGGACAGCAGCUGGCACCGCCAACAUUACCGGUGUGGACCAUACUCGUAAUCAAAAUGGCAGUAAGGUAUGGGUGGAUUGCGGGAACGGAGAGAAUGCGGAGGAAGGCUUCGGAAAGGAAAUUCUACAUAGCGAGCUCUACGUAUUUGCGGAUCCAGAUACACCUGCUGCAACUCGCUUCGAUGAACGCCUUUAUACGGCGUUCAGAAAUAAAGCUGGGGAAAUCGGCUUCGCCCGUGCACUCCUCGAUGGAUGUCAGAAGAGACACCCAGAGUGCAGAGCCACAGAUGAUAAUGUACCGCCGAACAUGCCCACACGCGUUCUAGACAUCGGUGUCUCACCCGGAUGGACAAGGCUAGUGCAAACACAGCAGUUGGGGAUACGCGAGCCGUAUCUAGCUCUAUCUUACUGCUGGGGACAAGGUGUCCGGCACACCACAGAAUUGAACGAUGGAAACUUCACAUCCUUCCUAGAACUUAUCGAUGAAGAUAAUUUAACAACGACACACCAGGAGUGUAUCGCUAUUGCUCGCCACUUGGGUAUCCGCUAUGUCUGGAUCGAUUCUCUUUGUAUUAUCCAGGGGAAUCUUGAGGACUGGCUUUACGAGUCUGAAAGAAUGGCCGAGGUAUACGGUAAUGCGGUGUUGACAGUCAUUGCCGGACGGGCCGCAGAUAGUCGUACUGGCUUCAGGGUAAACAACAUAGAGCAAGUAGUGCCGCCCUGUCCAAUACCAUUCGGUAAAGAUUUGGGCAACGUCUAUUUAUGGCUACUUCGAAGCAAGGCAGAGGGGCCUGUUAGCACCCGGGGAUGGUGCUUUCAGGAAAAAGUACUGAGCAGAAGGGCACUCAUCUACGCAAUGGAGCAAAUAUACUUCUCGUGCCAACGGUCGCAGCUUUGGGAAGAUGGCACCCUGAACAUGCAAGAUUCGUCACAGCUACGAAUUGGGUCAUUUCCAAACCCCGCGGAAGAUGCUAAUAUGAAGUUUGAUAUAAGCGAACAGGAACAGUUACGUACCCGGAUGCUACACUUGUGGUACAAGGAAAUCCUUCCAGAUUACACGCUCCGCCAAUUGACAAAUCCGGAUGACAUAUUCGCUGCCUGUAGCAGUAUUGUCCAGCUAACACGGAGAAGUAUCAGGUCUCGCUAUCUGGCUGGUAUAUGGGAGGCAGAUAUGGCCCGCGGCCUACUGUGGUGCACUUCCUAUUCGGUCAAAUGGAUCCUUAGGAAGUUUUCCUGGCCUAAACCCAAAAGACCCGUUAACAGAAAUGGCGAGACGGUAUCUAGAGCACCUUCAUGGUCGUGGGCAUCCGUCCAAGGCCAAAUCUACACUCGCCCAGAAUUUCUGCGACGAGACGAGUUCUUCCAGAAUCCCGCCAAUAUCCUUAUACGGCCUUUAUCUUCAUUACCACAGGAUUCUACUCCAAGAUGGACCCUCCUUGAAAAUCCCAACUGCGACGCCAACAUACUCUACAUGCCUACCUGCGAACUCGCAUUUUUUGGCCGCCCUAAGCGUGUCCAUUGCACAAUCCCCUCGCAGUCCGAACUCUCUACCUUUCCAAAUAACGGCUGGCCACAUCGCCGCCGUGAUCUCGCCAAACAGGGGUUCGUGGCGCUCCUAAAACCUUCCAAUACGGAAUACGCCGCGCUGGACGAGCUUGGGUUGCCUUCUACCGAAGGCUUCGCUAUUACCUGUUUUGAUAUAGCUGAGGACCGUGCAGGGGUUCAGGACUGCUGGUUUCUACCGAUCAUUAAGAGCGAACGCGACGGUUUACUACUUCGUAAGGAUGUGUCAGAUGGGAAGUUCCGGCGUCUCGGCCUUGUGGUGCUAGUGAAGGAACAGUUUCUACCGUGGCUAAUAUCUGGACCAGAGGAGGAGGUUCAUCUUGUCUAA